AAGGGAAACGGAGGCAGGAGAGCCAGAGCUGAAGAACAGUAGACAAGGGGCCAAGCUUCUAUGAAAAAAAAGGAAGGAGAGAGAGCAGGAGAGCGAGCGUGGCGAAGAGGAGGGCCAGCAGCGAACGCGGGAGGCCAGUCAGAGUGCCGGAGAGGAGCGAUACGGGAGCCAGACAUCCCAGGCAAAUCCUCCCGGGGGGAGAAGGAGGAGAAGGAGGAGGAGGACACCAGGACAACUUACUGAGUAGACGGGAUGGCUGGAGUGAUACGCCGCACGGAAUGCGAUGGUGCUCGGUGACGCGCUGAAGUUGCAGGGGAAGCACGGAGGAGAGAGAAAACAAGAGGACGAGAGAGAGAGAGAGAGAGGGGGAGAGUUUCUGAUGUGCGAUCGAUAAGUGGCAGCAUGUAUUUCGGAAGCGCAUGCCAAAGCGCCAUCCUGCCUGCACUGAUGCGCCCCCCGGUGGCCAAUGUCCAGCCAUCGCUGGGAACGAAGCAGUUCCUCCCGUUAGCCCUGGACACCACAAUGCAAGUCAACCUGUUGCCAAACUUCCGGCUGAGUAUAGUGGAUCUCCCCCCAGCUGGUCAAAGCCCCACGCUCAGCAAAUGGAAGAGGGGGCAGGCUGUCAGGCAGCUGAAUUUGAGUCUGAACCAGACUCAGAAAGCUGUCGUAACUCACACUUUGGGAAUCCCUCUACCCCCCCCCAAAAAACACGUUGUUUCCUGCAGUGUGUGUCAGCUAAGAUUUAAUUCUGAGAGCCAAGCUUCAGCCCACUACAACGGAACUAAGCAUGCGAAGAGGCUGAAAGCGCUGGGGGCCCUGAACAAUGUGAUGGUCUCCAAUGAAUCCACAAAGGGCAGCCAGCCUACGCUGCCCCCUACAGGCCCUGAAACAGCAGGCAGCUUAGUGAGGGCGGCGUCUCUGCCAUCCUUACCCGCGAGCGCGAGCAAGUCGCCGUCGCUCCACGAUGUCCCUGAAAAGCCCGAGGCCGCCGCGGUAGAGGGAAGCCACGAGUCGCCUGAAAGUGACUCCUCUGGAGAGCCAGGGGAGGAGACGGAGGAGGAGAAGGCGAGGCGCCUCCUCUAUUGCUCCCUCUGCAAGGUGGCUGUCAACUCCGCAUCGCAGCUGGAAGCCCACAACGUCGGUGCCAAGCACAAAACGAUGCUCGAAGCCAGGACUGGAAACGGAACCAUUAAGUCUUUCCCGAGGCCAGGGGUCAAGGGCAAAGUGAGCCAGGCCACCAAAGCAUGGACAGGCCUGCAGAACAGAAUGUUCCACUGUGAGACGUGUGACGUGCACGUGAACUCAGAAACGCAGCUCAAACAGCAUAUCAGCAGCAGACGACACAAAGACAGAGCAGCAGGCAAACCUCCCAAACCAAAGUACAAUCCCUACAGCAAAGCACAGAAAGGCCAGAGCGUGAACUUAGGCUUGAAGAAGGGCCUGGACCAGCCUCUCCCAGCCUGCCUGUUACCAAGCCCCCUGGCACCCGUGGCCCCCCACUUCCCCCUCCGUUCAAGCCCCGCCGCCACCUUAUUCCAGACACAGCCUCUCCCAGCCGCCCUGCUCCGCCCGGCCCCCGGGCCCAUCCGGACAACUCCCUCUCCUGUUCUGUUUGCUCCCUACUGACUGGCCGGCUCCCACCUGCAAUCGGGACUUUCCGUGAUUCUGUCGCAGGGGAACAUGGACCCGUUUCUGUGUGUCGUUCUCCCCCCUCUUGCUGAUCCAAAGGGACCCUCCGUCGCCCUCACACCUGUGAAGUUUUCUUCCACCUGAUUGCGUCUGGGACUGGGACUUCAGUUCCUGCCUUAAGGUGCACUGCAGUAAAUUAAACAGAAAACCAGGGAGCUAUGCAGAGUUUUUUUGGCUGUAUUAAUCACUAAGGAGGGCACUAAGGGGAGAGAUUAGAUUAGGUUGUAAGUAUCAAAAAGAAACCUCGCUUUUUAUAACAUCAACAUUGGCAGUUCUUAUUACUAGAACUUACUAGAGCUCCAGAUCUAGCACUAAAGACUUACAGUAUAAUGAAGGAAAGAGACUGAAAGAACGCAUCACUGUAUUGAUCUCACUUUAUCUCCCAAAUGUAACAUCAGAAAUAAAAAAUACUCCAAAUAAGGUAACACUGUCCAACAAUGAACUCAUCGUUAAAAGUCUUGUUGAGUCCGCAUUAACACUGAGAUGACUGUAAAAACUGAAAUUAAGAUUAUCCAUAAUCUGCAUUAUUGCCUUGACCAAUUUAACAAAAAUUGAUUAAGCCUCUGAUGAUAUAUAAGAAAUAAUUGAACUGUCUGUUUUUAGCACUUUCAAGCACAGUCACCUAGUAUUGGUUGGUUAGUUACAUUCUUCUAACUGCAUUAUACGAACAAGGAUGGCCCUCUGUGCUCCUUAACCUUCACCCCCCAACCCCAACACUAUGCACCACCUAACUUCAUGGGUUCAUUUUUUCCACUACCGGGGAAGUGGACAUAUUUCUCUUAUACUAAUACCAUUCCGCACAAGUUUGUUUCAAGUGUAUGAUGAAGCCCAAAUGCAAUUUCCAAAAUCCAUCCAAGGUAAAUUCACAGCCAGCAACAGAACUGUCUUGCGUCGUAACGCAAAUUCAAGUCAGAUUUGCAGUGUAAGCUGUAUUUAGCUGCCUUUUAUGGUUCAAGUCGACCCACUUGUUUUCCAGGCUAAUAUGUUGUUUACAGUCCAGAUGUGGCCCAAGGUUAUACUAAGUAUAGUUAUUAUGCUAGUGUAAGUGUCCCGCGCACACACACACACACACACACACACACACAGUACAGUGCUGUGCAAAGAGUCAGCAGCACGUGGACUGGAUCUGCACGCUUGCUGUGAAAAAGACCAAAUGAGGCCAAUCGAGGGUCAAACAGAGCACAGUACAUUUUAAGCAGAGCCUGCUGCAUUCAUACGAUGCUGUCAGUUUCCAGUUAGUUGGGUUUCCUUGGUACUUAGACCAGCUGACUUUUAGGUAAAGCAAAAGUCCACAGCCACAGCUAGUAUGAAUGCUGCAGAUGGACAUUAUUGUAAUAGUCUUACUGUAAAUAAUCUAUAUCUGCAUAACAAUGUACGUCCAUCUUUUUAUUUAUGUUUAUCCUUGUCAGGGGGUGCUGCUAAUGAUUUUGGGCCCCAUGGAAGCACAUCAUAUUGGGUCCCCAACGCAGACCAGUCCAAACAAGUUCCAGUUUAACUUUACCCGCCUUCACCGUACCCCGUGUGCACGAAAAUGCCGUCGGAUCCUGUUUUCAUUGAUGCCCCAGGUGUUAUAACAUUAUAUAUACAUUUUACAUAUAACAACAGAAUCAUGGAUAUGCUUUCAAAGUUGUGUAAUGUUUUAAUGUUAUCUUUUAGUUGAUUCCAAUCAUGAAGCCAAUUUAAAAGUGGAAUUCUUUCGUUUUUUAUGACUUGAGAUGUUAUCGACAAUUACUUUCUGUCAUUUUCUGUCACUUGCUGCUGUUUCUUACCCAUUCGGCCCAUUAUGGAAAUGCAGUGACUUAAGUGAUAUCAGAUUGUUAUCGCUGAAUCAUACCCGAUCCACUGCGUGCAAGACUAAGACUUUCCAGCAGUACAGGGAAAUUGGCAAUGUGACAUGCAGGAUAUUCAGAGGCACGACGGAAAUGUUAUUAUUUGAGGUGCAUGAGUCUAGUAGCGCGAGAUUGUGUGGUUCCUGUGAGACCCGCAACGUUAGUGCCAUGAUUUCCAGGCAGAGCUGGAAGUACUGAUUUUGGAUCCGCAGAGGGCAGUUACACUCAUACAACCGGCCCCCCUCCCCCCCACUUUUGUUCACCUGUUCUACUAUCUCUCCUUUCAGUUUGUGUUGUUUCAGCUUGCAACUAAUCUUAAAUUUCCUGACAUAUGAAAUGUGUGUCCCGAAAGUCAGUGUGGUUAAUUCAUAUCUCUGUUGUUAUUCCAAAACCAAUAUAGCCUGCAGUUACUGGAGAAAAUUAAAUUGUUUUGGGCGCCCUCAUCAGUCCUUCUUGGUCUGAUUAAUUCGGAGAAAGAAUCUUGAACAUUGUGAGAUGUCUUGAAUUACAGUUCAGGGGAAGUUUAAUCAUUUUCACAUGCGGUGAUGAAAUUGUACAAGUUGCCAUGACACCUAUCUUCCUCUACCUCUACAGACAGUUGAUUUUCAAUGUAAAUUUAAAGGAAAGGAAAAAACUUUAUCUGAUUAAAUCACUCUUUGAGCUUCAGAACGAA